AUGCAUUCGGCGAGAAUAGGGGGAGUCAUCCUAGAGGCGGAAGACUACACUUUUAUAGAUGCCGAUGUCCACCUGUUGGCUUUCUAUAACCAGGAGUAUCUGGAGGGUGCUCUGAAUGAGGAGGGAGAUGCUGUCAAAGCGCACAUUGAUGACACCCUGCACCAGGGUGGUCAGGCAGCACUGCAAACCAUCAGCCUGCCUACAAUUCUUGUGCCAGGAGGAGACGCAAAGAGAAAGAAGACAACAAAGCGUCCAAAGAAGACCACAAAGCCUCCAAAGAAGACCAAGAAGCCAGCAAAGCCUGCGCCCCCGCCGCCUAAAAAGCCAAAAUCACCGCCGCCCCCGCCCCCCAAGAAAAAGAAGCCGCCCCCGCCCCCUCCUCAAAGGUUUGUCCCCCCGGCCACCACCACCACCGCCUCCCCGACCCCCACCACCGCCACCGCCCCGUCCGCCACCGCCGCCGCCUCCGGUCCCCCUCCCACCGCCACCUCCACCACCGCCGGUCCCCCGGCCGCCCUCGCCUCCGCCACCGCCGCCACCAACGUCCCCACCGCCACCACCGCCACCCCAAAGCCUUGCAGCCUGGCCUUGUUUGCCUCAGCGGCAGGCGCCAACACUGGUCCGGUUAUCCCCGUCGGACCAUUUGCAUUCCCGGGCUGGUUGUACGACAUCAAUUCCCCCAGCACCGGGAACCAAUUCCCCCGAGCCAUCUACCGCAGCCUGGAUUCUGUGGUCAUCGGCGGCGUGAGGUUCUGUGGGCUGGCUCUCUCCAGCUAUUCAGUUGAAGGUAGUGCCACAGUAACUGGCACCAUGGCCAAUGGAGUAGCGCCUACACCCAGAACAGCAAUCCUCCCCCCUUAUCCUCAAGUGCUGACUCUGCUGAUGGACGACACCUGGCAGGCAGUGACUGGGAUCACCAUCACCACUGCAGGCCUGCGGGGUGUCAGCCUGUGGGGGCUGUACUACUACCCAUGA